CAUUUAUAUAGACACAAAAAUUAAAAAAAAUUUUUUCUUAAUUUAAAUUAAUCAUAAAAUUAAGAAAAGUAAAAAGAAAACCAAAAGGGGCAAGAAUAAUUAAUUAGUUAGUAACAAGCAAAAUUAUAAGCACUAACACAAACAAACCUAGGCAUAAAUACACAUAUUUAUAUAUAUACGCACAUACAUAUUUAACUAACUUUGUGGGUAUUAAUAAAGACAAAUCAAAUAAAUUAAUAAAAUAAAUAAUAAAUAUAAUAAGCAAGCAAGCAAGUGAUAACAAUUAAUUUUGCAACAAUGCUUAAAUUACUGCAAACUAAGAUUAGUCCGCUGUAAAGAAUGGAUAAGAAUGGCUUUAUAAAGCGUGACUUUGCUGCUGAAAAAUAGCUGAGUAGCUAGUUAAAAUCUAGAGGUGUUAUUAAUUUUGACUUAGAUGAAAUAAUGAGCGACGAUGAAUAAGAUAAUGAUAAUUAGUAAAAUGUAAAUGACAGCAGUUUAAAUAGCUCUAAAUUGCAUAAAAUCAAGAAUUUUGUUAUUAGAAAUCCAUAUUUAAAAGAAAUCCUUAAGGAAGCUAAGCAUUUUAUUUCAAGAAAAUCUGCUUCUUUAAAGGAAUAUUUCAACUUUGCAGCUAUGAAUCCCGUAGAUAACAAUCAAAGUCAAGCAAACAAUGUAGAACAAUAAAGCAUUAGCUAAAAAACACAAAAUUAAUAGUAAAGUGGCACUUAGAAUUAGCCAACCAGCGUCUAAAAUAAAGAUACUUAAUCUAUUUCUUCUAUCUUAGAAGACAUUUAGGGUAAUUAAGAACGCUCCGAUUCUUCUAUAGGUUCAAAUAAUCAAAAAUUUAGCCAAAACGACUCUUUAAGCAUUUCAAGCAGAGUUUAACAAUUUAUUUAGGAGUAAAAGAAUCAAAUACGUGAAUAGGAAGAAAGAAGAAUGAAUUCUUUAAAUUUAAGUUUCAGAUCUGCCAGUAAUUAUUUCAAUAGGUAAUCAACUACUUCUGUGCAAAGUGAAACAUUGUAAAAUAAGAGAUAAAAUAAAUUGAUGGAGAGCAUUAUGAGAUAAAAUACUAAAAAACUUAAAACUUCUCAAGAGGAAAUUAAUAGUUUACCUCUUAAUAAAUAGACAUCAAUAAGAUUCUUAGAUAUUAACAAAGCAUUCGAAAAUGAGGAGUUAGAAUAAAGCAAUUAUGAUCACAAAACAAGUAAACAAAAAGCUUAAUUAUCCUAAUCUGAAAUAUCAAGGAAAAACAAGGAAUCAAGUGGUAAAGACUCUAAAAUUUAAGGCAAUUUAUCCAAUCUUACUGAAGAAGAAAUUGAGGAAUAGAAAAGAAAAGACCUUAAAAUAGAAAUGGAAGCACGUAAAUUUGUGAUGAACAAACUCCCACAAAGUGCCAAAAUCCGUGUCCAACUUAAGAGAAUAUUAGAAAUGAAGUAGUAAGCAAGAAAAUUAAAUAUUAAUUAUUCCGAAUAUGCUGAAGAAAUCCAUAAGCAAUAAUAACUUAGCAAAGAUUCAAAAUUCAACAAGCAAUAAUAAAUUUUAGAUUUAAAAGAAAAGAGAAAAGAAAAAUAUCAAGUGAAAUUGACUAAUCAGCAAUUAAAAGAUUUAAACAGACAAUCUAACAGUCAUUAUUCUUAAUUCUUGCAAGAUCCUGAUGUCGUUCUCUCUCGUGAAAGUUCAUACAUUGCAUACAAAUCCUAAGUUUAAUAAGGUGAGACUUCUAAGUUAUCUCAACCUAGCUUGUCAAAGCAACAGUCUUAACAAAAGAAUUAUAUAUCUGAUCACGAUAGCACUCUAUUAGUUGAGCAAAAUAAAGCAAGUUAAAAUAAAAAAAGUUAAAAAAAGAAUGAACAAAAUAAAGGCGGAAAUAACAAUUUCUCCGACUCUUAAUCAAAUUACGAAGAAUCUUGCUCUUCUCCUGUCUCUUCUUCAAAUAGCAUUACUUCAAAUAAAAAACCAAAACUCUCUUAAUAGCCAUUUGAUGAUGAGUUCAGCAUGUCAAGUAUAUAGCGCCAUACUGACGACGAAGAUUCUGCAAUUAUUAUGAAUAUUUUCCCCAACAACAGCUCUGCACCCAACAAUAAUAAUACCUUAAACAGUAAUAACACCCAAUCACAAACCAAUAACUCUUUACAAUAAUCUUAGCUAUUUAAAAAACCUCAAGAGAAAAAAGUCACUGAAGAGCCAUCUUCUUCAACCGGAAUCAACAUCAAAAUCAAUGGAACACCUCAAAGCUAGCUUAAAGAGCAAGUUUCAGAUUAAUCAUAAAAUAAAUUAUUCAGCUCUGCAAGUGAAAAUACAUAAACAAUUUCAAUUGCCAAAGAUAAUCUUUUUGGUAAUAUUAAAAAUAAUUAAGAAGAAUCAAAAUAAAUCACUGCUUAAGACUCAUCUAAGAAAGAAGAAAAUAAAAUUGAGCUCACAGUUAAUUAAAAAGAAUCUAUAAUACCAUCUAAACCAGCUGUAGGAUUAUUCGGUAAUUUAAGUUCCUCUUAAACAGCAGAUAAACCAUCUACUCCUAGUCUUUUUGUUACAGAGACAAAGUCUGCUACUAACUCUCUUUUUACAACUGAAGUAAAGCCAGCUUCUGCUUCUCUAUUCUCUGGUUUAACAGAUGUAAAACCAGCCUCAAAUUCUUUAUUCUCUGGUUUAACUGAACCCAAAACACCAGCCUCUGGUUCUUUGUUUAGCAGCAACUUAACUCCAAGUACAAAUAGCUAAUCUACUCCUGCUGCAGCUACUGCUUCUUCUACUGAAAACAAGUCUUCAUCUUUAUUUGGCAACUUAGGUAAAACAGCUAAUGAAGAUGCAGAAAAAACCUUACCAAAAACAGAAGCUACUGGAAAGAGUGAUAAAGAUAAUUAAAAAGCAGAUAAUAGCAAAUCUACUGGAUUAUUUUCUAAUAUCAAUGCAACUUCAUCCGAGAAUAGUAAUAAUAAAGGUGGAUUGUUUUCUAGUCUGAAUGGAGCUCCUUCUGAUAAUAACAGCUCUAAGUAAGGAGGAUUAUUUUCUAAUUUAAAUGGAACUUCCACAAUCAACAAUAGCUCUUAAUAAGGAGGAUUAUUUUCAAAUAUUUCUUAAAAAGGCAACGAUAGCGAUAAUAAAACACCUGAAAAGAAGGCUUAAACUUCAAAUUUAUUUGCUCCAAUCCAACAAAAUGAAAUUAAGUAGGAUGAAAAUAAAAUAAAAGACAGUGAAAUGGAAAUGGCAAGUGAACACACUGAUUAAUAAGCAAGUAGCUAAUUGAAUAAAACAGCCUAAGUUCUCUCCACACCUUAGCCAAGCUAAAAUUCUUAAACUGUAGGUAGUGCUAUUAAUUCUUUUGGUAACAAUGUUGCCAGUCCCUUCUCAUAACAUCCUUUUUCAACCAGUUCCUAACAAAUCAAGCAAUAAAGCUUAUAAGAUUUGGUAAGUGGUAACAACACAUUUUUCAAUUAAAAUGGUCCUUAAAUUCAAAAUAAUACCAAUAACAACAAUUUACAAGGAGGAAGCUUGUUAAACAACACCUUGUUCUCAUAGUCUAACAAUGGUUUGUUUUAAUAACCAUAAAAUAAUCCAAUAUUCUAAUCCAAUUAAAUAUCUGCAACACCUCAAUUAAAUAAUUAAAUGACAAGCAAUUUUGGAUCUUUCUAAAAUAGCUUACCAAAUUAAAGUAUUGGAUAGAUUAAUCAUUUCUCUGGUUUAAAUCCAUAAUAAAACAAUGCCUUUAACAGCACAAAUAUGAAUAAUAAUAAUUUAUUUAAUUAACCUAAUAGUAGCAUAGUUAAUAAUACUCCAUUUUAGGUAAAUAGUAAUCUAAAUUUCAAUGCUAAUUUUUAGCCAUAGGCAAAUUACUUCGGAGUUAAUAGCAACACAUCUUAAAACUCAGGUUUAUUUUAGAGCACUACCUAAAAUAUAAACCCAUUUAUGAAUCAAAGUGUCAAUCAAAGUGCAAGCUUAUUUGGAGGAGCUUAGCAAUAAAACUCUCUAUUCUCAAGUACCAGUACUUCAUAAGCUUCAAAUAAUUAAUACCAGAAGAAAAAAAAUACAAAUAACAAGCAAAGAAUUUGA